UUCGCUCGGGCCACAGUAUCUUCAUUGACAGUGACUGACAUCGUUAUCGUUGUCGCUUUCGCUUUCGAGUCUGCAAGACAUGCCGACUGUGAGCAGGCGAAGAGUGAAUUCUGCUCCAUUGCUGGAGCGACAAACGAGCCCCGGCAUCUCCAGGAGGGACCCGCAGCCGCGGUUCCACACUUGCCUGGGGCCCAGGAAGCCUCUUGGCCUAAGCAAGGAGAUGCCACUUGUGAGCGUGCAGUGAGUGCAGAUGUGGAGAAUGGAUUCUGCACCAGGGAUGGGAGUGUGAGGGAGCCCCUGGCUCCCCAGGGCACUGCAGCAAGGGGCAAUGAACACAAAAGGAACCUCAGAAGAUUCCUGAGUGAAUGGUUCAGGUGCCAUCCCGUGGGCACAGCGGUGCUGAUUCUGCUGCUCCUGGUGCUGGUGCUGGCUUUGAGGGCGGCCUUGGCUGUGCUGGCAGCACCACAGGUUCCAGUCACACCUGCGACUCCGCUCUUGGUUCUGGGCUGUCCUCAUGGCUGGGUGGGCUACAAUGGGGUCUGCUACUACUUCUCACUGGAUUUCAGCACGUGGGAGCAGGGUCAGGAACGGUGCUCCGAGCUCAAUGCCUCCCUGGCCAUUGCCAAGGAUGAGGAGGCCAUGCUCCCACUCCUCUCUCCUGGGCAGGAUUUGCUCUCCCGCCUCCGCGGGAACGGCGAUUACUGGCUCGGGCUGCGCAGACGGGGCCAGCGCCUGCACUGGGGGGACGGCAGCAGCUACAGCUCCCGGGUUCCUGUCCUCGACAAUUCCGAAUGUGUGUACCUGGCUGACGAGAGAUUCAAGAGUGGGAACUGCUCCAAUGAGCGGCCGUAUCUCUGCAGCAAGGCCCAAGCUCCCCUGUAACAGGGGCUGCACAAAGGACCUUCUCCACGCUGGGCAGUGCCAGCUUCACCUCUGAGCCCAGCACAGCGCUGUCCUUCCUCAGCUGCACCCUGUGCCUUGCACUUCCUCUCAGGGUCACCUCAGUGCCUCUUCAUCCCCAGUCAGUGCUGGGCUGGGGGCGCAAAGGAAAAGUCUCUGCAAUCUAUCCUGGCACCGAUGCUGCCUGCA